UACAAGCCUCUAGUACUCGUCGGCCGCAUACAAAAGUUGUUGUCAAAAUCUUAUUGUAUACACGUAUAUGAUAUUGUACACUGUGAAUAUCGUCAACUUGGAGUUAAAUCCAGUGUUUAAAAAGUAAAAUUGUUUUGUAAUUUCUUUUAAAAUUUGGUGAAUGUGAAGCGUUGCAAUUGAAUUGUAAUCGAAAUAAGCGAAUUAGUCAAAAGAUACAGUGAAAUUUAACGAAUUACGAACGAAAAACAAUUAAUCGGUAAAGAUGGCUACCAAUAAUGUUGUGAAUUCGUUUAAGAAAUUAACAGUUGAAGAACGGGCAGAAAUGAAAGAAAAAUUUGCUGAUAUUGACAAAAACAACGACGGAUACAUUGAAUUAAAGGAAUUGAAAGAUGCUCUCGAUCUCGUCGGUUUCAAAUUACCCGGCUAUCAAGUUCGCGAAAUGAUAUCCGAGUAUACAAACAAACAACGAUCGAACAAUCCCGGAAAGCUGUCCUACGAAGAAUUCGAAACGCUAUGUUUCGAUCUGAAAGCAAAGGAUGUGGCCAGCACAUUCAAAACGGUUGUAUCGAAAAAAGAAAACCUUGAGACAAUUGGUGGCAUGUCAAGUCAAUCGGCAGAAGGCACAACACAUUCGGUGAGAAUGGAAGAACAGCUCGCCUUUUCCGAUUGGAUCAACUCAAAUAUUGGCCAUGACGUUGACUUAAGUCAUUUGUUACCCAUUGACGGCGAAGGACGCGAAUUAUAUGCCAAAAUCAAAGAUGGAAUAUUACUGUGUAAAAUCAUCAACCAUUCCUGUCCGGACACGAUCGACGAACGAGCUAUAAAUAAGAAAAAUUUAACGGUCUACCGUGAAUUCGAGAAUUUGACAUUAGCGCUGGUAUCAUCACAAGCCAUCGGAUGUAAUAUAGUCAACAUUGAUGCUCACGAUCUAGCCAAAGGGAAACCGCAUUUGGUGUUGGGACUGCUGUGGCAAAUUAUUCGAAUCGGUCUCUUCAGUCAUAUCACGCUGGAUAGUUGCCCCGGUCUGGCCACGUUGUUAUUCGAUGGUGAACGGUUGGAGGAUUUAAUGAAAUUGUCGCCGGAAGCGAUAUUACUGCGAUGGGUAAACCAUCACUUGGCAAACGCUGGCAUUUCCCGAAGGUGUACAAACUUCCAAAGCGAUAUUGUCGAUUCGGAAGUGUAUUCCCACUUGUUGAAACAGAUUGCACCGAAUGAAGCAGGGGUAUCGCUGGAAGCGUUGAGGGAACGUGAUAUGACUGAACGUGCGGAAAUAAUGCUGCAACAAGCUGGCAAAUUGAAUUGCAGAAGUUUUCUGACUCCCCAAGAUGUGGUCAAUGGUGUCUACAAAUUGAAUUUGGCCUUCGUCGCAAAUCUGUUUAACAAUCAUCCCGGCCUUAACAAGCCGGACCAAAUCGAGGGCUUAGAGGCGAUCGAAGAAACUCGCGAAGAGAAAACAUACCGAAACUGGAUGAAUUCGAUGGGUGUCUCACCUCACAUCAAUUGGCUGUAUUCCGAUUUGGCCGACGGUUUAGUCAUCUUCCAAUUAUUUGACAUUAUCAAGCCAGGAAUCGUAAAUUGGAAACAGGUCCACAAGCGAUUCACACCAAUGCGAAAGUUUAUGGAAAAAUUGGAAAACUGUAAUUACGCCGUAGAAUUAGGCAAGCAACUAAAAUUUUCGUUGGUCGGCAUUGCCGGACAAGAUUUAAGCGAAGGAAAUGCUACUCUUACUCUAGCUCUCAUCUGGCAGUUGAUGCGUGCAUACACUCUAUCCGUUCUGUCCCGUUUAGCCAACACUGGCAGUCCAAUAAUUGAAAAGGAAAUUGUUGGAUGGGUUAACAAAAAAUUGGAAAAUGCAGGAAAAACGACAAGCUUAAGAAACUUCCAAGAUUCAGCUAUCGCAGAUGGAAGAAUCGUCAUCGAUUUAGUAGAUUCGAUCAAGCCAGGAUCCGUCAAUUACGAUCUUGUUAAAAGUAAUGGAACGGAAGAGGAUAAUCACGCCAAUGCAAAAUAUGCGAUUUCAAUGGCAAGAAAGAUCGGUGCUAGAGUCUAUGCCCUACCAGAGGAUAUAACAGAAGUCAAACCGAAAAUGGUAAUGACAGUGUUUGCUUGCCUAAUGGCUAUGGAUUACAUUCCAAACAUGGAUGCCGUACAAAAUAACAUACAUCAAUAAGACAGAGAUAGAGAGAGAGAGAAAGUUUGUAUCUAUAUAUAAAGUCAAUUUUCUAAUGGUAAUACAGAAUACCGAAGCUCCGAAUUUUUUUUUUUUAAAUAAAACCGUUUCAAAAACUACA